UCAAAAUUACAGCUGCUACGAGCGAGCGUAUCGUUUUGGUUCCUGUGAGUGAUUGAAUUCCGUAAAAUACGGAUUAAAUAACAGAAAAUCCAGAAUUUAACUAAAAAAUAAUGGCAGCUCAAGUGACCAUUGACCAGCUAGAUAAGGAUCAGAUCAAAUCGUUCUCCGAUUUCCUGCUGUCCUACAACAAGCUCUCGGAGCUGUGCUUUAUCGAUUGCGUGAACGAGUUCACCGGCCGAAGCAUUUCCGACAAGGAGGACAAAUGCUCGCUGAACUGUAUGGAGAAGUUCCUGAAGAUGAACCAGCGGGUGUCGCAACGAUUCCAGGAGUUCCAAAUGUUAGCCAACGAGAAUGCACUGGCCGCAGCGCAGAAAUUGGGCGGUGGUAAAUGAGGGGGUGGGUUCGUGAAUCAUGAAUUAGUGGUGUACAAAUGGAACAGUUUUGUUUAAGCAUUAAAUUUAUUUGCCAAUGUA